UUUAAGAGUGCAGUUACUAGCGCUUCUGUACAAGAUCACAUUUUUUGCUCGUCAUGUCAAAUACUUCAUAUCAGUGCAUUUUGUUUUUCAUCUGGGGUUUACAGCCGACACCGCACGAGAGCUGUUUCGGUUCCAAACUACAAGAAUGAUGUCUGAGUGAUCAAUUGGACGGACGCUUGCAUUAACGUGGGAAAAAAAAUUAGCCUCUGGAUUUGAAUGCGAUGCUUUUAAUGGAAGGAUACUGUUACAGAAGAAAUAAUGGGCUACGGUCAGCAGAUGAACAUCAUUAUGCUGUUGAAGCCAAGAAAAUUAAACAACAUACUUAAUAAGAGAAAAGCACAUCAAUAAAAGCUGGAACUGAACGGGCAGAUUUUGUUUUCAUAUUAAAUCUUUUGAAUAUCAAACAGACUACGUUCAGCUUUUUUUCUUCGCCACCAAUUUUGUUUCUGCCUGUUGCUUCACAUCUUAUAUGUAAAUACUCACAUCGAGAGGAUUAAUCAUGCAGGAAAAUGUGAGUUCCAGAAUGGACACCCCCACCAAUAUCUCCCUGGUGGGUUCUGGGGACGCUGUGUCCGAGUCCCUGGAGUAUAAGACCGUAUCUGUGUUCCUGGUGCUGCUGGUGUGUGGCGUGGGCAUAGUGGGAAACAUCAUGGUCGUGCUGGUGGUUCUUACCACACGCCACAUGCGUACACCCACUAACUGCUAUCUGGUGAGCUUGGCCGUGGCGGACCUGAUGGUUCUGGUGGCUGCGGGUUUGCCGAAUAUCUCAGAGAGCUUGAUGGCCACCUGGGUGUAUGGGCAUGCUGGGUGCCUAGGCAUCACCUACUUCCAGUACCUUGGUAUUAAUGCGUCUUCCUGUUCGAUAACAGCCUUCACUGUUGAGAGAUACAUCGCUAUAUGUCACCCAAUGAGGGCUCAAACGGUCUGUACGGUAUCCCGAGCCAAGCGCAUUAUUGCUGGGGUGUGGGCUUUCACCUGUGUUUACUGCAUGCUCUGGCUGUUCCUGGUGGAUAUCCAGGUGAACCCUGACGGCCGCGUUCAGUGCGGCUACCGUGUGUCUCGAGACCUCUACCUGCCCAUCUACCUGAUUGACUUCACCAUCUUCUACGUGAUCCCUCUGCUCCUGGCCAUUGCUCUUUAUGGUCUCAUCGCCCGAAUCCUUUACCUGAAUCCUCUGCCCCACCCACCAGACUCAGGUACCAUUACCGCCCCCACUCUCAGGAGGAGCUGCAAAGAACCAGCGGAUGGCGGAAAAGCAGGUCGUCAAGGACGUCCAAAGAGUGCGCUUUCUUCACGGAAACAGGUCACUAAGAUGCUCGCAGUGGUGGUUGUGCUCUUCGCCCUGUUGUGGAUGCCGUACAGGACCCUGGUUCUCAUUAACUCCUUCGUGAGCACGCCGUACCUGGAUGCCUGGUUCCUGCUCUUCUGCAGAACCUGCAUUUACGCAAACAGCGCAAUCAACCCUGUCGUUUACAACCUGAUGUCCCAGAAGUUUCGCUCGGCCUUCCGUGGGCUGUAUCGCUGCCAUAGAGAAGACAUACACCAGCGGACGCUCUCUAUGUUUCAGAGCGGAUACAGCCUUGGAAGGGAACCCCGGCUUUGCAGCAACACCAACGGCACACCUAAGAAAAUCGGUUCAGUCACUCCCGAGCAGAAACCAAACAAAGGCAUGGAGCACAGCAAGGAAAAUAUAAACAAGCUAAUUAGCGAUGGCGUAAAAAAUGAGAUUGAGAAAAGCAUCAAGAAAAACGUAGAUGAAUUGAAAAGCUCAGUUGACAAGGAGAUGCCUACAGUGGAGAACGUGGACAUGAGCAAGAUUAAUGAUAAUGGGAAAAUAAUGGAGGAAAGCGAUAAUACCACUCAGGAUAUUAUCGCUGACACGAGCAACACAGAGCAGACACAGCUAGCCGCCGAUGAACCCAAAUCUACAGUGGGGGGAGACAAACAGUUAAAUCACAGCAUUGUAUAGAUUGCUCCACUGCAUACUGUAUAUAUUUCAUUGAAGUGGCAGGGUUGAUCGCUAGAGCUAGUUGUUCAUUUUGAAGCCAGGUCUUGGAAUUCAAAAUUUGUAUUUACAGGUGUCAUCGUCACUCUUUAGUGGAGGUGGCAAGACUGGAGCCACUUUCUCCUCAUAAUUUACAAGUGGAACCAUUUGGCUGUCAGCACCAGCAUCACAUGCCUCAUAGAGCUAGAGCUUCAGCUAGGGCUGACUAAUUUGUUACAAAACAUUAUUUUGAAGAAACAUUUAACAUCUCUUAUUGUUGCUGCUUAAAAUAUAGACACUGAAACAUCACCUACACAAUUUUAAAAUCCAAACUCAUUUAAAAACAGGCAUCAAACACUUGCUGACUUUGUAAAGGGUUACUGAGGGAAAAACCUGGACAACAUGAACUGAACAACUGAGGAUCACACACCACCAGACUUUCAAGACAUUUUGAAGAAAACAUUUAGAAACAUAUUUCUCAUUGCUAGGAGAUCAGCGAAAUGAAAGCAAUGCAUGCUCUAAAAUCAACUCAAAAUAUCAAACAUGAUAUGUUUGACAUCCCUCGACAGAACUAUUGAUAAUUCUCCAGACAGCAAAAUCUGGGAAAUUUUUUUUGUGUAUUCUAGCAAGUUGUACAAAUUAGCCACCCUGUAAUAUAUGUAUGAUGUCUUAUUCCAAUGAAAAGCCUUACAAUGAAAGUCAAUAGGAUCCAAAACAAAAUUAGACCCAGCAGAAUUUCAUUUCAAUAUACAAGGGAGAAAAAAAUCUGCUUCCAUAUAAAUAAUUACAGAUACAAUGUAAAUUAAUUAAUUAUUUUUAAUUGUAUUUAUUUUACCUCAUAUUUUUUCACCAAAAUGUGAAACUCGAUCUUCCAGUGACAAGACAAGCUUCUACAAUCAUUUAGUCCGCUUAAGCUCCGGUUAUUUGUUCUGUUUUCAUCCAAUCAACAACUGAUGGGUUUUCUGUUUUUCGAUAAGCUGUUUCAUUUAGAUAUACAUCAAAAUAUGGAUGAAAAUAUCUGUUAUUACUUCCGUAACAUUCCAUAUAGUCAUACUUGAGCCUUCUCUAAAAGAAGCAAAUUCUUUCAGUUGACCCAAAAAUGAACUCCAGUCAAGUCAAAAAAGACAUACACAAAACCGCAGGACUCCUUCACUGUCAAACCGCUAACUAAAUAUUUAAUUAAAAUCUCAGCCUUUUAAUAACCACGCAAGGCUAUAUCAGAAUUUCGACUUGGAUUUAAUUAAUUGUGCAGACUUAGCUCCAGGAUGUGUCUUCUCUCAACACAAAACUUUUUUACCCACUUUGUGUCUUCAAACUCAGCGGAAUGAGAAACAAACAAGCCUCAUCCUGCUUUUAAAGCACAGACAAAGUUAUCCCUUAAAAACAUUCAGAACACUACGGGGCAUAAGAUCCAUUUAAAAUGCUUUUGUCCGACAAUAAGGCCCGCAGAAUCAUGACACACUUGUGUUUUUCCACAGCCAACAUUUGCCAUCACUGGAUGAAUUCCAUAGUACGUGGAGAUCUAAUGCCUCACCAUUUGUUCCAGCACAAAUAAACAGAACCCGUUCUGUGUGCCCAGAGGUAUGUCUGAGCUUUUUAGACCCCAUUUACAAUCAGUGGAAGAUGAGCGAAGCCAGGCAUCCAUUUGUCAGGUGUAGUU